AUGGUUGUCUAUUCCUUUUACAUAUUCGAUAGACAUACCGAAUGCAUCUACUCUAAACACUGGCACCGUAAUAAUGAGCGACCCCUCUCCACCACUACCGGCGCAACCGCGCGACCUAUCUCCGGCUCCAGCAACUCCAGUGCCGUACCUCCCAUCAAUGCGCCAGAACUUCCUAUCCCCAAGAGUCGCCCCGGAAAGUUGAGUGCGCAGGAUGAUGCGAAAUUGAUAUUUGGUACCAUAUUCUCGCUGCGGAAUAUGGUGAGAAAGCUGGGAGGACCAGAUGAUAGCUUCAUAUCGUUUCGAACGGGACAGUACAAGCUACAUUAUUACGAGACGCCAACGAAUAUCAAGUUUGUGAUGCUUACGGACACACAAACUUUGGCUAUGAGGCAGGUGCUACAUCAAAUAUAUGUCAAUCUUUAUGUAGAAUUUGUUGUCAAGAACCCGCUAUCCCCCAUAGAACAUCCUGGAGGUGAAGGGGUUGCGAAUGAGCUCUUCGAGCUGGCACUCGAUCAAUUUGUCAAAGGCGUUCUUUGA